AAAUAUGUUUUUUUGUUAACCUUAAGUGGAAUUGACUGAAGAAUAGAAGAAGUUAAAAAGAUGGGUUAAGGAAAUCCAAUUAUUAUAACACUAUGGUAUUUUAAGUAUCUUAAUGUUUAGGGUUGAAGGUUGGUUUAAAUUAUUGUAUUUUUGAUUUCGAUGUGGAAUAUCUAGGGAAGAUCUAUAAGAUUCACACAUUCAGCGGAGGUCAGAACAAUAAAGUAUGUCAUAUACUUAAUUAGGAAACAAUAAUACUACUCCAUGGUUACGGUGGAUCAAAUCUUCAUUAUUCCAGGAUUUAUGGUGAAUUGAUAGAGAAAUUCAAGGUAUACUCUUUGGAUCUACCUGGAAUGGGAUACUCAAGCAAAUCAGAUAUAAAAAUGGACUCUUUUGAAGAAGCAAUGGAUUUUUUUAUGGGAACUAUUUCUAAAUUGAUUAUGGGGUUGUGUCCAAAUCAGUAAGUGACUCUGAUUGGCCAUUCAUUUGGUGGUUUUAUAGCUGCCCAUCUUCUUGUGAGAUUUCCAAAACUAUUCAAAAGAUUAUUGCUACUAAGUCCUGCAGGCACUACUUAUUACACAGAGGAACAGAUUAUGUAAAUAUGUUGAUCAUUAUAGUCAAAAACAAGACUACUCCUAAAUGUCUUUUCUGAGGAGAAAGAUGAUUGAGUAUGGCAAAAGCUUAUGGGAAGGGGUGUUUGCAAUCCCAUAAUAUUUGAAUGAUCGAUUCAUUGGGAGAUAAUUUAUUAAAAUCUAUUUAAAACACAGAAUGCGUUUAAGUGGAAAUGAAUACACUCUCUGGAAAUCUUACAUUGAUGAAAUGUUGGAAUUGCCAGAGGGAUCAGAAAAGUCUAUAUGCUUGUUUUUCCAUUUCCCAAUCUUUGCUAAAGGUCACAAUUCGAUUGAGAGUAUAUUAUCAAUGAAUAGAAAUCAAAUUAAGAAUAUUCCAAUUUCGUUUUAUUUUGGUGAUUCUGAUUGGAUGGAUCACCGAGGAGCAAUCAACUUGAAUUCCUAUUAAAAUGUUAAUCUCAGAGUAAUCCCCGAUGCUGGACAUCAAUUAAACUUCGAGAACCCUUAAGGUGUAGUUCGAGCCCUCCUUUAAGACAUAUUACAACAAUGAGAUUUGCUGUCUUUAU